AUGAAUAAUACAUCAACUACAACAACAACAACAACAACCAAACACAGUAAUAGUAAUAAUAAUACAUAUGAAAGUGAUAGUGAUAAUGAAAGUGAGCAAAAUGACUAUACAGGUUUUCAAUUGAUACCUGACAAUGACAUUGGUUUACAAUCUGAUGUGGAGAGCGAUGAUGAUGACUCUAGAGUAGUUGAUCCUGCAGCUGCAAAGAGACAGAGGGAAGAGGAGAUAAGAAGACAGAUAGAGCUGAACAAUCAGUUCCUCAACGAAGAGUUCACAGACUUUACAACGCACUCGAGCGAAUUUCAUAGUGGCAGUGGCGACACCAUUCAAGACGGUACAGACAGUGGCGGUCUCGAUGACCUGAGGGUCAAUAGCAACAACAUCCUAUUCAAGGAUGAUCCUCUCUUUACAUCUGAUGCAUCCGAUCCAUUCACACAAUAUGAGAAUCAACAACCUGACAACAACAACAACAACAACAUUGACAACAAGGACAAACCGAUAGAGUUCUGCGAGAGGAAUGAAAAGGGACAUAUGGUACUGAGUAGGGAUAAGAUGUUCCCACCAGAUCAUGUGGACUUGAUCAAGGAAUGCAUGAAGGAUAUCAAGAUUGACUACAAACCAAUAUGGGCAACACUGUUGCCAGAGGACAAGUGGUUGGCAGGCCUCAAGAAUAAGAUGGAAGGCAAGCCUACACAGUCACAGUCAUGA